CCUUAAUGUGACAAGUAAAGGUUAAACAGUUAACUUGUGUUGUUAGCCUAUGUAUGAUUCCUAAUAUUGCGUUUAUACAUCGUGUGUGUAAGAAUGAUCCACAUAUUAUGGGGAUAGGUUGUGCAUCCUAAACAUCUAACGCUGGUAUUCUGCUCCCCCUGUAAGUCUCUUAUUACCUUUAAAAUGCGUUCCAGUCUGUGCCUUUAAUUUCCACGCUUCAGUUUAUGCCAUCAUGUUGGGAAAAUCCAUUGGCAUCCUUCUCACUUCUCAUCGUGUUGCACAUCAUUUUCACAGACGUCAUCGAUACUGUUUGAGGCAAGGAAUGGAAAGAAGAAAUGAAUGUUGGAACUUUGUUUACAGGCUGUUGAAAAAUGAUGGCCUGACUUUAAAUUGCACUAAAACAAGUGACUCUUAUUUACAAGCUCAACCACAGAGUUCUUUUUUGAAAAAGCUGGCACUUCAGAAGGACUGCAUUACUCUAUUCCGUAGUUUAAAUGUUAAAGAUGUAAAAGAACAUUUUUCAUACUUGGGCAGCGUUCCUUUUUUAAGAACUAAUCGCAACUGUUCUAGUUUGGAGUCACUUACUGGAGCACUUAAGAGGUUUUAUUCAACUGUACCAGGUGGUAAGAUCAUCACAAUGCCAGACAAUGUACCAGCAAAGAGACCGCUGAAAGGACCAAGGACCAAGCAACCAUCCCGGGCCAAUCUUCCAUCUCUGUCUGAAACACAGUUGAACUUAAUGAAAUGCACAGCCUUUGCAACUGCAGAAGAAUAUCACUUGACUGCCCUCUGCAAUGAUUUGAUUUCAAAUGGGUAUUUCGAGAUAACAGAUUUACCAAGAGAUGCAGCAAAUGUUUUGGUAAUUGGCACAGAAUACACUGCAAAGCCAAAUGAUCAUGGACUUAUAUUUUUCUUCAGGGAGGGAUCGGUUGUUUUCUGGAAUGCGGAUGAAACAAGAGUAAGAAAUGUGAUGCGGAUCCUCGAGAGACAUGAGAUUCAGCCUUAUGAAGUUGCAUUAGUUCACUGGGAAAAUGAAGAAAUUAACUACAGAAUUGGAGAGGGGCAGUCAAAACUUCAUCGUGGUGAAAUUAUGUUAAACGCUGAACUAGACCCCAGUGAAUCAGUGCUGGAGAAAUUUGCCUUUUCAAAUGCACUCUCACUUUCUGUGAAACUUGCUAUCUGGGAAGUGUCGCUUGACUACUUCGUUGAGUCUAUCCAGUCAAUUCCAGAGAUGUUAAAAGCUGGGAAAAAAGUAAAACUUUCCCAUGAAGAAGUUAUGCAGAAAAUUGGGGAACUCUUUGCUUUAAGACACCGAAUCAACCUGAGCUCAGAUCUGCUUAUGACUCCUGACUUUUAUUGGGACAGAGAGAAUCUUGAGCAUCUCUAUGACAAAACCUGUCAAUUCCUAAGCAUCAACCGUAGAGUAAAGGUGGUAAAUGAAAAACUGCAGCAUUGUACAGAACUGACUGAUCUAAUGAGGAACCAUCUGAAUGAGAAACGAGCUCUGCGUCUGGAGUGGAUGAUAGUUAUUCUUAUCACUAUUGAGGUGAUGUUUGAGCUUACCAGGUUCAUUUUCUAACCAUUGAGAACCUGUUUCUUCAGAGAAUCCUAAGAAUGUGAAGACCAGUUUACUUGCUAGAUGAAAAAAAUGAAUCAUGUUAACCAUAAUGUUCCUUACAAAAUUCACUGUCAUACUGUAUAGUAAUGUUUUACAGAAAUAUUUUAAACAUGGUUGAAAUACGAUGUAGAUGUUUGAAAAGACAGUAUUAUGCCACAUAUCAUGUGUCAACCCUUCUGUGUAAAAAUGGAGGUGGUGUUAAAAAUAAUUGUAUCAUACCAUUCACAUUUAGUCCCUCUAAAUAGAGAAAACAGAUAUUAAGAAGCUGUAAAACAGUAUCAGGUAAAUAAAUGUUUAAACUUUU